UCUGCCUCCUUCUAUCAGAGGGGUCAGAGAAAAUUGCAGAAAAAAAGGAAGGAGGGAAGUAUUCUGCAGUGUGAGGUGUGGAAUUGCCAAGAGGCGGUCUGAAGGCUUUGCUUCUCAGCACACCAAUAGUAAACUUAAUGGGAGACAGAGAGAGGGGUGUGUAAGCAAACCUGAGCAAACACUGAGCUCUCUGCUGGUUGGGAUGCUUCAAAGCUCAGAAGAUGAAUAACCCUAAUCUUCAAGGUGGUCACAUCUUGGAGACAUCUAGCAACAGGAAAACUUCCGUGAGGAAAGCUACUGUGAGCUCCUACAAGAGCAACAGAGCCGGGAUUUCCUUCCAUUCUUUAAAUUUUCUCACCGGUGUCUUCUUUAUGCUCUUGGGCCAAAGUGGGCCACUCCUGGGACACCCGCAGUGCCUCGAUUAUGGUCCACCUUUCCAGCCUCCGUUCCACCUGGAGUUCUGCUCUGCCUAUGAAACUUUUGGUUGUUGUGAUCAGGACAAAGACAAUACGAUUGCAGCCAAAUACUGGGAGGUGAUGGAUUAUAUCGAUCCGCAGGCUCACAAAUUGUGUGGAGGAUAUAUCAAAGAUAUUUUAUGCCAGGAAUGCUCACCCUACGCAGCUCAUCUUACGUGCCGAGAAAUCCUCAGACUCCCCUGCGGAACCUGCCUGGCCUUUUGCUCGGACUACUGUUCGAGUUCCACCCUCUACUGCCGUUACUGCAUCACGUUGCUUACCGACGACAAACCAUCCAGGAAUGCUGCGAGAGGAACAAGACCCGCUUCUGCAACCUGCUUAACAUCCAGGAUGAAGACUAUUGCUUCCCCGACGUGCUGA